CUGUCGACUCAGAAUCCCAGCCGGGCCCCCGCCGGUAGAAGCCGAACAUGGGACUCCUGCUGCCGCUCAUCCUCGGCUUUCUCGCCGCCGCGCUCGGAGCGAUGUACCUCCUCGGGGUGUUCCGCCAGCGCCGGCCCGGCGAGCCCCCGCUGGACAAGGGCCUCAUUCCCUGGCUGGGUCACGUCUUGGAGUUUCGAAGGAACUCACUGAAGUUCCUGGAGCGGAUGAAGCGGAAGCACGGCGACGUGUUCACCGUCCAGCUGGGAGGGGUUUACAUCACGUUCCUCCAGGACCCCUUCUCCUUCGGGUCGCUCGUCAAGGAGAGCCGGGAGAAGCUGGACUUCCGGAAGUUCGCCGUGCAGCUGGUGCGCAAAGUGUUCGGUUACGCCGCCCUGGAGAACGAGCACGGCGUGCUCCAUUUGUCCAGCAACAAGCACCUGAAGGGCGACGGCCUGGAGCUGAUGACGCAGGCCAUGAUGGGCAACCUGCAGAACCUCAUGCUGCACGACAUCGGCUCGGCGACGGAGCAAAGCAGCUGGAUCGAGGACGGCCUGUUCAGCUACAGUUACAACAUCGUCUUCCGGGCCGGCUACCUGUCUCUGUACGGCAACCAGCCCCCCGGGUCGGGCGGGAGCGAGGAGAGCGCCAAGGAGAAAGACAGAGCCGAGUCGGAAGUCCUGUACCACGAGUUCCGCAAGUACGAUCAGCUGUUCCCCAAACUGGCCUACGGGGUCCUGACGCCGCGCAAGAGGUUGGAAGCCGAGAGGCUGAUGAGGUUCUUCUGGGACAAGCUGUCGGUGCAGAGGAUGAAGAACAAAGACAACAUCAGCGGCUGGGUCUGGGACAUCCAGCAGGGCAAAGCGGAGCUGGGGGUGACGGACUCCAUGUUGGACAGGUACAUGUUCGUGCUCCUCUGGGCCUCCCAGGGCAACACGGGGCCUUCCUCCUUCUGGCUGCUCCUCUUCCUCAUGAAACACCCGGAGGCCAUGAAGGCGGUGAGGGAGGAGGUCGACGAGGUCCUGAAGGAGUUCGGGCAGGAGGUCCGACGCGGCGGCCCCGUGAUCGCGCUGACCCGCCAGAUGCUGACCAAGACCCCGGUGCUGGACAGCGCCGUGGAGGAGACCCUCCGCCUGACCGCCGCGCCCCUCCUCACCAGGGCGGUGAUGGAGGACAUGGCGAUCAAGAUGGCCGACGGGAGGGAGUGCCGGGUGCGCAAGGGCGACAGGGUGGCCGUGUUCCCUUACGUCGCCGUCCACAUCGACCCGGAGAUCCACCCCGAGCCGCACUCUUUCCGCUACGACCGCUUCCUCAACCCCGACGGGAGCAAGAAAACCGACUUUUACAAAGGCGGGAGGAGGGUGAAGUACUACAACAUGCCGUGGGGCGCCGGGGUCUCCAUGUGCCCCGGGCGCUUCUUUGCCACCAACGAGCUGAAACAAUUUGUUUUCCUCAUGCUGGUUUAUUUCGAGUUUGAGCUGAAGGAUCCCGAGGUGAAGAUACCCGAGAUCGACUUCACCCGAUACGGCUUCGGGUCCAUGCAACCCCAGACGGACGUUCAGUUCCGAUACCGGCUUCGAUACUGAGCCCAGUCGACGGCCGUGAUUGGUCUCCUCUGUGGGCCUUCAUUAGACGGGACGCGAUUCGACAGUAGAUGAACUUUAGCUGCAUAGUCAACCGAUUCCCUCCAAGUGUCCCGAGAUACGAACCCAAAACCGUUUUAUACAAAUUGAAGAGUUCAUUGUGAAUCUCUCUCUCUCUCUCUCUCUCUCUCCAUUCUGCUUGUAGAUCAGAUGUUACAGACGUCAGCACAAAUGAUACAAUUCAGCAAUCCUUGUAACAUAGAAAUUGAUGAUAAGUGAAAGAAUGUUUUUGUUAUCGGUUCACGACUCUCCGGAUGGGGAAAGAACUCAAAAAAUGUUGUAAAACAGAGGCGCCUUCAUUCGUUAAUAUUGCUGCAUUUCCAGUAUUUCUGAUGGACGCGACCUGAGGGUCAAAGAGCGUCACCGUUAUCGAUCAUCUGCAGACGGAGGUGCUUGUUGUUCCGACAGCUUGUUCUUUUUUAGGACCCAUGUUUCGUCAUUGGACGUCAUUGGAUACGGUCCAACGGCGGCCGGGUUUAAGGCCAAGCUUAGUUAAUGUGUUGCUAAUGCGUCGUUGUUAUUCAUCACUCAUCAAUUUGUAAUAAAGGUCUUUCUGCCCCAAAA